CGCAUACAACAUCUUGUAGCGCCAGCUGACGACCACUGACAAAAGGAGCGCGGGAAAGUUGGAAAUGGCGGAGUGCAGAAUCAGUCAGGAGGAGGCAAUGUCUCCCUCCUCCCUCAAGCUGUACGAGGCACAGUUCUUUGGUUUCACCCCUCAGACCUGCAUGGUGAGGGUAUACAGUGCCUUUCAGGACUGCCUGAAUGAAUUGCUGCUCGUUGUAGAAGCGGUGUUCGUGAGAAAACUAAGCGGGACUGAACCAAAUGGAGAGCAACUACGUUCAAGGGCAAGAGAAUGCACCCAAAAGUUGCAGAUAUUCCUUCAGGAACGCUUCAAUCGUCUGUCUGGUUGCAUGGAAACUGUUUUGGUCAACAACGUCCUCUCAGUCCCUCCGAAUGUGUUGCUGCCUGACGACCAGCCACACAAAAAGUACCCUCAACGUUUAGAGGAGGUUCUUAAGCUGGAGUCUUCCCUGGCGGAGCUGCAACAGGCGUACCAGGCGGAGGUGUGUGCCAGGCAGGCCUUGCUGGCUGAACUGGAGGAGCAAAGAGAGGUCCAAGAGCAGCUGGAUGGGAUCCUGAGAUGGAUUGGAGAACUACAGGCAGCAUGGAUGCAGGAGGGAAUGGGCAGCUUUCACAACAGCUUCCGUGUGAUGAUGCAGUCGGUCAAGAAACUGCAAGCUGUCAUUGGAGAGAUCAAUAAGAAAAGCAAAGGACUGGAUGAGGACUCAUCAGUGGGAUGGACCCACAUGGCGUAAAAUACUUGUUAGUGGUGUUGUGAGAUGGGUAGAUCGCAGGUGUGACAACAUUCUGACUUGGAAUGGCCCCCCCUGUCGGACAUAAGACACAAAUAGAAUUCCAUGCCUUUGGAUGUAUGAACAAUUAUACAAUUUGUCAGACCCACGUCUUACAUAUAAGAAUGUGAGCACGUUUCAAACCAUUGGUUUGAUUUAUUUUCUUUUUGAUGGUUUUCUAUACAUUGUAAAUAUAUUAUCCACAAUUUGAGUAGUAAAAGGCUCAAACUAUUGGUAUUUUAUUUUUAAUUUCCCAGUCUUAACUCUGGAUCUUUGAAAAGCAUUUAAUUUUAUUAUAAAAAAAAAAAAAAGGGUGUUAAUGAGUGAAUUAACUUUGGAGCCAUAGUCACCACAAGGGGGAGGCAUUGGUUUGUUAUUGCCAUCUCAAACGUCAAUUGACCAAGUAGUGCCUUUGUACAGUGUGAAUUAUUUUGAUUCUUUGCCGUAAUAUAUUUUAGGCAAAAUCAUUAUAAACGUACAACACUUUCAUCAUUUUGAAUGAAUAAAAGUGUAAUUGUGCAAUCGCAUCUGAUUUAA